AUGAAGCUGAAAACUGUAUUAAAGAAGCUCGGCACAAUCCUACGGGCCAUUUUUACCUUCCUUUUUGCUUUGGCGGUUCUGGGAGUCAUGGCAUGGGCCUAUGUGGCAGGCUUCCAGCUGGCUACAUCCAAGUAUGGGAUCAUUUCUUUUGGUUUUUAUGGAGUCCUGCUCUCUCUUCAUGUUCUGGUCCAAAGUCUGUUCGCCUUUGUUGAGCAUCGGCGGAUGAAAAGUCGCACAAAACCAUGCAGCUUCACUAAAGAGAUUGGAUUUACUAUCUCUGCUUACCAGGAAGAUCCCAGCUACCUCAGAGAGUGCCUCAACUCUGUCAGGGCCUUGAAGUAUCCCCCGGAGUUGAUGCGUAUCAUCAUGGUGAUAGAUGGCAACUCAGACGAUGACCGGUACAUGAUGGACAUGUUCAGGGAGGUUUUCUCAGACCAGGAUCCAGGUUUUUUUGUUUGGAAGAACAACUAUCAUUCAUGGGAUCCCACAAAAGCUGAGCAGGAUGAAGAAAGUGGGUCAGGAAAUGGUGCUAACUAUGUAAUCGGUGAGGAUCCUCAGAGAAAGGAAGUGGAGCACCUGAUCCAGACCAAAAGGUGUGUGUGCAUCAUGCAGAAGUGGGGUGGCAAGCGAGAGGUGAUGUACACCGCAUUUAAGGCACUUGGAUCAUCAGUUGACUACAUCCAGGUGUGUGAUUCUGAUACCAAGCUUGACCCGUUGGCCACUGUAGAGCUGUGCAAGGUGUUGGAGAGCAACCCACGUUAUGGUGCUGUUGGAGGAGACGUGAUGAUCCUUAACUUGAAAGACUCUUAUAUAAGCUUUAUGAGCAGCCUCAGGUACUGGAUGGCUUUCAACAUUGAACGGGCCUGCCAGUCCUUUUUCAACUGUGUCUCCUGUAUUAGUGGUCCUCUGGGUUUGUACAGGAAUGACCUUCUCCAGCAGUUUCUUGAAUCCUGGUACAAUCAGAAGUUCCUGGGAAGUCAUUGCACAUUUGGUGACGACAGGCAUCUCACCAACCGUAUUCUGAGCAUGGGCUAUGCCACAAAGUACACGGCACGCUCAAAGUGCUACACAGAAACACCUGCACAGUUUCUUCGCUGGCUCAACCAGCAAACUAGAUGGACCAAAUCCUACUUCCGUGAGUGGCUCUACAACGCCAUGUGGUGGCACAAGCAUAACCUCUGGAUGACCUAUGAGUCCAUUGUCUCAGGCAUUUUCCCUUUCUUUGUCACGGCCACCAUCAUCCAAUUGUUCUGGACUGGCUCACUGUGGGACAUCCUUUGGGUUCUCUGUUGUAUUCAGCUCAUUGGGCUGGUGAAAGCAGCAUACGCCUGCCUUCUUCGCAGAAAUGCUGUGAUGGUCUUCAUGUCGCUCUACUCAUCCUUGUACAUGACCAGUUUGCUGCCUGCAAAGUACUUUGCCAUUCUCACAAUUAACAAAAGAAGCUGGGGGACAUCAGGAAGACGGAAGAUUGUUGGUAACUACGUCCCUCUGCUUCCACUGUCAGUGUGGGCCGCUGUCCUGUUAAGUGGUUUUGGAUACACGAUUUACAGGGAAAGUCAACAAGACUGGUCAAUGCCUGCCAAGAUAAUGGAGACUAAGUUUCUUGUUUUUGGAUCAGUGGCUUACUUAUGUUACUGGCUGGUUAUGAUAUGUCUCUACUGGGCUUGGUUCCACAGGUUAUGCAGAAAACGUAGCCAAAGCUACUCUCUUAAUGUGUAGAUCUAAAGACAUAAUUCAACAGAUAUAAAUUAAUUUAUUGUAUUUAUUUUUACAGUGCAAACUUAAUAGGGAAAACAAGGACAUCUCCUUUUUUCAAAUGUUUUGAAAUAAAAUGCAAAUA